AAUUCACUUUUACUUUCACUUUCAAGCAUAACGCAUCAGAUUAUUAUUAUCCCUUAUUUCUCUGAGAGCACACGGUACGAAGGGUCUGCUGUAAACUAAGUGUUUUGAAAAACAAUUCACUAAAUAACGUCCUCUGACACAGACUACGGAACAAGUUUUUCUUCAGAUUGGAAAGAACCUGGUUCUUCGUGAGCAAACCUGUCGCUUUGCAGCUUGAAUGUCAACAGUCAUGUCAGAGGGUAAACAGGUGGAGCUGGAUGAGGCAGCUGAUUCGGAGGGGCCCAAUGCGUCAGCUGGCCAUACCAUCAUCACAGUGAAUUCUGAUGACCUGAAAGAUGCUCUGAAAGAGCCAGAGACUGACAAUAAAGUGACAGGAGAUGGCAGCUUUGAAUAUAUCAAAGGCCCUAAGAAGGUGUUCUUCCUGAUUUUUGGGGAAGUCCUGGGUUCUGAUGAGCAGAUUUUACAACACCUCACUAAAGACACAUACUUCACCAAGGUGGAGUCAGUAGAGCAGUGUGACCUCAUCCUGGCUUUCUGUCCAAUCGUCUCUCGCGUUGGCACUGACGUUGUAGCCUUUCUGGAGAAGUGUAAUGAACCGGGAAUGCUAGAGAAGCGUCUUGCCCUGGUGGUGCUACAUCACACCUUUGACCCAGACUUCACAAUACCAGACAUCAACAGACAUGUGACCAGAAAUGAUGUUUUGACUGUGAACUUCCUGUUCCACGCCACCCAAGGAGGACUGCUGACCUGUCCGCAAAACGACAAAUCACUCAAAAUGAUAUCUUCUGAGUUGGGCUAUGAGGCUGACCAUGGAAUUGUCAAAGCAAUCCAAGAUAUGAUUUUUCAGACUAUGGCAUAUAUGAUCAGUUUAGUAACAUCUGGUAUGUGGUAUUGCAUGGGUGCCAUGGGUGUCGUGGCAUCUCAUCCUGAAAACAGGGAUGAAGCAUCUCAGCCUGAAAACAGGGAUGAAGCAUCUCAUCCUGAAAACAGGGAUGAAGCAUCUCAUCCUGAAAACAGGGAUGAAGCAUCUCAGCCUGAAAACAGGGAUGAAGCAUCUCAGCCUGAAAACAGGGAUGAAGCAUCUCAGCCUGAAAACAGGGAUGAAGCAUCUCAGCCUGAAAACAGGGAUGAAGCAUCUCAGCCUGAAAACAGGGAUGAAGCAUCUCAUCCUGAAAACAGGGAUGAAGCAUCUCAGCCUGAAAACAGGGAUGAAGCAUCUCAUCCUGAAAACAGGGAUGAAGCAUCUCAUCCUGAAAACAGGGAUGAAGCAUCUCAGCCUGAAAACAGGGAUGAAGCAUCUCAUCCUGAAAACAGGGAUGAAGCAUCUCAGCCUGAAAACAGGGAUGAAGCAUCUCAGCCUGAAAACAGGGAUGAAGCAAUCCUAAUUGAUGAAAGACUUUAACACAUUAUAUUGUUCAAGUUCAAGUCUUUAUUUGUCAGGUACACAGAACAACACAAGGUCAGACUGAGCACUGAAAUUCUUAAGACAAGACAACACAAGCCCCUGGCAUAACAUAACAUAUAAGUACAAAGAACAUCAUUUACAUCUAUGCUGAGCUUAAAUAAGUGAAAAUUCCUAAAUAUACAGAUAGCAAUAAAUAAUCGAUUAUACUAAUCCUAAUACUAAAACUCCCUAAAUAUACGGAUAACCAUGAAUAAUACACUAUACUAACCCUAAAUGCACAUAAUACCUAUUACAAGCCUAUAACCUAUUCUAACCUAGGUGGAGUACAGUACAAUAGUGCAAAAUUGCAGAUCAGUGACUAUGACGGUGACAAUACAGGAGCCUGAUGGCGAAGUACAGGGAGGUACAGUAGUGCAAUGUUACUGAUAGUGCAACCAGUACUUAAAGUGACAGUGUAUAAGUGACUAGUGUGCAGUGAAUCAAUGUCCAUAUCAGUGUCCAUGCAGAAGCCUGAUGGCCCUUGGGUAGAAAGGGCCAUCAUCCUAUUGAGUACAGUUCAAGUAAUAGGAACAUCAAACCAGCCUGUUUUAUUGCUCUGCAUUUUUGAUGUCAUAUUAGUCCUAGUCCUGUUUCUGUCUGACUUAUAAACACAUAUAUUAGUAAUGUAAUUUCAAAACCUCAAAAUAAUAGUCAAUAUAUUCAAUUUGGUUUAAUUCUAUUUAUCACUCAAGUUGAGUUAGUCUCUGUUUAGGACCAUUAGGGAAGUGCAACAGCAAUCUAUACACUACAGGGUAGUGUAUAGAUUGACUAGAUGGACUGGUGACUAUUGUAAAGUAAAAGUGUCAAUUGUGUAUGAAAGCAAAGCUCCCUUAAAACCCUUCAGAAGCCUCAAUAAAGAUGAAGUGAUAACAAUAUCUGUCUCUGUUCCUCGUCACUCUGGUGAAGUGGUCAGUCCUGAGCUGCUACGACAAGAACUGCUUUGGAGUUCGUAAAGAAACAUUGUCCAAAAUCUGAUUACACCUCGUCAAAACUGAUACUGUACAUGCCUGUCAAUCAAGACCUUUUACAUUUCAAUAAUAGUGAUGCUGAUAUUUUGUAAUGAGUUAAUGUUAUUCUGUCCAUCUAGUGUUUGGUUAUGAAAUACUAUUGUAGCAAGUGAUUCUGCCACGUUCUGUGGACUGAGUCUGUUGGACAUUCAUUUUUAAACUUGUAUUUCCUAUGACUUUUAUCAUAGUGUUGUGGGACACUAUUCCAGUGUGUCACAGUAAUUUGUCAAACAGACAGACAGCCCCCUUUGUCACAGGAACCCACCACACCUAGGUCCUUCAGUCCUCCUCACAUUACUGAGUCAUCUAUUACCCAGUACUGUAUAUUCAACUCUGUACGUAAAAGGAUAUGAUAUCAAGCUAUAUCAAGCUAUGUAAACUACAACACCAAUAUCACACCAAAACACACCGAUUCAUUAGGUUUAUUGUUAUGUACAGGACAUAUAACUUGUGUCUUCCUGUCCUCCUGCCCAUCAGGGGGGCUAGCCACUGGGACGUUCCUGAGACAGGCCAUCAGAGGGUGCUCUGAGGAGACAUGUGAUGCUCUGAGAAGUGUGUUGAUCUCUGGAGCUCUGUAAGAAAAUACCCUCAACAGAAACUCGCCACAACAUCUAAUUUGUAUGACUGACACUUGACAAAUCUUAUUUGUAUUUGACCCAUGAUUCAAGGUUGCGAUCAACUUGAUUCCAUUCAGUGACAAUAAUUCCUGAAUUAAUGUGACCUACAUACAUUAAUAUGCGACAUACAGUAGAUUUAUAAUUCUACAUUGCAACACAGGUUUUCUACAGUACAAACCCAGUAGCCAAAAGAGACGUGUGCUGGUGAAGUGAAUAGUCAAUCUUCCGAAUAGUGCGUGUGUGUGUGUCAAAGAGGCAGGAGUCACAGAUGAUGUUGACAGGAGCUCACCAGAGAAGACCUCAGCCAGCUGCUUCCUGGCAUCAACAACGUUAAACUGAAGAGGAGUAUCAUCCUGAUAACCAGACAGACACAGGCGAGUGAUCGUUCUUACUGGCCCUGUAGGAGACCUCUGCUGCAGCCUUCGGCAGACUGACACAUGCCCUGUGAUGAGACACAGCCAUGAACACUUUCAAUUAGUUUCGUCUUUGUCCACUGCAGGACAAGAAGACUGGGACUUUGUCAAACAGUGAGUCUACAAAGCUGAUUCACCCUCCUAAUUGCUGUUCCAACAAUAAUUCAUUAUGUUUAGCUAAGGUGAGGUUGCUAGAAGGUUUAUUUAAUGAGUAUGCAAUGGAGACCAUGCCCCAAUACUAACCACACAACCUCAACCCCUCAGCUGUGCUGGUUCCUCAGGGGGACCUGCAAGGCAAGGUAAACUUGCCCUCCUCAGAGAGACAAUAAACCAGCUGGGCCAAGUCCAGCUGCUGCUCAUGUAUCACAUACAGCUGCUGGAGACACAAGCUGGUGGAGUGACCAGCACUGGUGAGAACAGAAGAGCACCUUAGCUCGACUCGAUGUGAAAGUGACUUGGUGAUGUGUGAAGGAUCUGGGGAGUGGCAGCUGGAGUUUUCUGUCUCAUCUUCCAGCAGGAGCCCUGGAGCCCAAGGUAUCUCAUGCUGCACCGACACCCUCCCCAUUCCUCCUACACAGCCUCACACUCUCAACACUGUCCCAGAUACAACCUCAAAUCAAGGACUAUUGAAUUCCUUCAGGUCCUUUAUUGGUAUCAAACCAUCCACAUUAGAAACCUACAAGCAGUCACCAGUGAAGAAGGAGAGGACACCCGCAGGUGAGACUGGUUUAAUAAGAAGGACUGAUCCAAGUUGUAAUAUUUUGCUGUCGUCAACUCCUGGGUUAUUCAAUGUCACUUGUGUUUUCAAGUUUCUGCAGUCCUGUAACAUGGUGACAAACGCUACGUGUUGUAUGAAGAUACAUAAGGGACAUACAUGAAAUUGAUUUUGCAUAGAGUAGAAAGUCUACUAGGUGGUGUGUGUGUGUGUGUGUGUGUGUAAUGCAGCCUCUAUUACUUCACUGAGAGGAGACCUGCUCUCGAAUAAAACAGGAAGAAUCCCUUACCAUGUGGUUUGUUGACUUCACAUACACAGAAAACACAGACACUAGUGAAAGGAAGUUUAGAAUCACAUAUUUAAUAUUUUCCUGUUGAUCGUCACAACGUGUGGUGAGAAUGCCUUUGAUUAGAAAAUCUAAAACCAUCUUUUUUUGUUGUUGUUUCUAAUAUCGAUAUAAAGAGACAUGUCAUUAACAACCCACAACUAGAAAUCUAUAGGCACAUUAUUCAUUUGUAUGCCAAGAAAGUUAUUGUGCAUCGUCUUUCCUCAAACGUCCUCGUGUUCCAUCUAAGGGAGACCCAUGCUCUCCCUCCUCCAUCGCCUGUACAGCUAGGUGAUACUCUCUGAGGGUCACUGAAUAACCCUGGGGUUUGCUACUGCAAAAUAUACAAUAACACAAUCAGUCCUUCAAAGUAAUCAGUAAGCAGUCUUACAGGCUGGCGUCCUAUGCUUGUUCUCUGGUGGCUUUCUAUUUUGACUACUUUGAUACCAAUAACCGUUCUUACAAAACGGCAUGUCUGAAAUGUUCCCAGUGUAGAAAGUCAGACCAGACUAAAGCAGUGGAUUAGAUUUACACUCCCGAUUGUCAGACUCCCUUUGCUUGCUUCGAAGGUAACUUGACGCAUUCAGACACUAACAAACUGACCGUAAGAUCAGUCCUGUGAUAAAUUGUUAACUGAACAGCUAUGGUGUAUUAACACGCUCACUCAAAAAUGACAAAUAAAACAUGACAUAACCGGAAGAGAGGGAUGGAGAGAAAA